GUCAUACCAUAAAGAAAGAAGGGGAAAACGCAUGACUUUCAGGACUUCGCUUUCGGGUUCCCUUGCCCUGUGUAGUGUAAUGUCCCCGUUAUGCAGCAUAAAUAUAUUUUUAAUUAGCCGAAGCUAAAUAUAGGGGGAAUUUGGCUGAUCCCGAGCUCGGAGGACAGUAGGGGUGAUCCGUUUCCCCCCCCACGGAUCUAGGUGGUGUGCAGGUGGUGCCCUCCGGACCGGGCCUUGCCUUCUAGCCGCGCCCGGGCGGACGAGCCAGCCAACAACCUCGCUGCGAUCCCGAGAUGCUGCUGCCGGCGCCCGCGCUCCGCCGCGCCCUGCUAUCCCGCCCCUGGACCCGGGCCGGGCUGCGGCGGAAGCACAUCUCUUCCCUGAAAGUGGCCAACGAGCCCAUCUUAGCCUUCACGAAGGGCAGCCCUGAGCGAGAUGCUCUGCAAAAGGCCUUGAAGGACCUGAAGGGCCGGACGGAAGCCAUCCCAUGCGUGGUGGGGGAUGAGGAGGUGUGGACGUCAGAUGUGCAGUACCAGGUGUCGCCUUUUAACCAUGGACACAAGGUGGCCAAGUUCUGUUAUGCAGACAAGGGCUUGCUCAACAAAGCCAUCGAGGCUGCCUUGGCUGCCCGGAAAGAGUGGGACCUGAAGCCUAUCGCAGACCGGGCCCAGAUCUUCCUGAAGGCGGCAGACCUGCUGAGUGGGCCGCGCAGAGCCGAGAUCCUGGCCAAGACCAUGGUGGGACAGGGUAAGACCGUGAUCCAGGCGGAGAUCGACGCUGCAGCAGAACUCAUCGACUUCUUCCGGUUCAAUGCCAAGUUUGCAAUGGAGCUGGAGGGGGAGCAGCCUCUCAGCGUGCCCCCGAGCACCAAUAGCACAGUCUACCGGGGGCUGGAGGGCUUUGUGGCAGCCAUCUCGCCCUUCAACUUCACGGCGAUCGGCGGCAACCUGGCAGGGGCCCCAGCCCUGAUGGGCAACGUGGUCCUGUGGAAGCCCAGUGACACCGCCAUGCUGGCCAGCUAUGCUGUCUACCGCGUCCUCCGGGAGGCCGGCCUGCCCCCCAACAUCAUCCAGUUUGUGCCAGCUGAUGGACCUCUAUUUGGGGACACUGUCACCAGCUCAGAGCACCUCUGUGGCAUCAACUUCACAGGCAGUGUGCCCACCUUCAAACACCUGUGGAAGCAGGUGGCCCAGAACCUGGACAGGUACCGCACCUUCCCACGCCUGGCCGGAGAGUGUGGCGGGAAGAACUUCCACUUCGUGCACCGCUCGGCGGAUGUGGACAGCGUGGUGAGCGGGACCCUGCGCUCAGCCUUCGAGUACGGCGGCCAGAAGUGCUCCGCCUGCUCGCGCCUCUACGUGCCACACUCGCUGUGGCCGCAGAUCAAAAGGCGGCUGCUGGAGGAGCACGGCCGGAUCAAAGUGGGCGACCCUGCAGAGGAUUUUGGAACCUUCUUCUCUGCAGUGAUUGAUGCCAAGUCCUUUGGCCGUAUCAAGAAGUGGCUGGAGCACGCGCGCUCCUCGCCCAGCCUCGCCAUCCUGGCCGGGGGCAAGUGUGAUGACUCGGUGGGCUACUUUGUGGAACCCUGCAUCGUGGAGAGCAAGGACCCUCAGGAGCCCAUCAUGAAGGAGGAGAUCUUCGGGCCUGUACUGACUGUGUACGUCUACCCGGAUGAUAAGUACAAGGAGACGCUGCAGCUGGUUGACAGCACCACCAGCUAUGGCCUCACGGGGGCAGUGUUCUCCCAGGAUAAGGAUGUCGUGCAGGAGGCCACAAAGGUGCUCAGGAAUGCUGCUGGCAACUUCUACAUCAACGACAAGUCCACCGGCUCGGUGGUGGGCCAGCAGCCCUUUGGGGGGGCCCGAGCCUCUGGAACCAAUGACAAGCCAGGGGGACCACACUACAUCCUGCGCUGGACGUCGCCCCAGGUCAUCAAGGAGACGCAUAAACCCCUGGGGGACUGGGGCUACGCGUAUAUGCAGUGAGCCACUCGGGCCUCUGCCGUCCACCUGUCUGUCCGUGCAGGCGGCCGACCUCACGGCACAGGCCCCUCUCUAGCCCCUCCACCCCUUCCUCCUUCAUGGACAGCUGCCUUUCUAGAGCCCGGGCUUGACCCCCUUGCUGCUACUGUAUUCUGGCCUCUCCCACGCCUCAGGCUCUGGUUUGAGACUGUGUUGGGGAGGAACAGGGCCACUACCCCUUGUCCCAUCGGCCAUGUGGGAGAUAGGACUCUGGCACCUGGCGGGUUCUCCUUCUUCCCUCCCCUGGGCCCAGUGGCUCGGGGACCUGGGGAAAGGAGAUGGAGCAGCUCUCAGGAUCCUUUGGGGGAAAGGAGGCAGCUCUGGGCCCCUUGGCAAACCUCACCACCCACAGAGGCUCCUGGCCUAGAUCCUGGGUCCUCCAGGUGUCCAGAGUGAAGUGCGACUCAGGCUGACUGUGGGGCACAGAGGGCAUCAGCUGGCCUUGCCCUCUCUGGUCUGGGCUGCCUACCUUCCUCACUGUGACUUUGCCCAGACCCGCCUGGGCCAGGAGGCCCCUGUACUCAGCCACUCGCCUUAAAUGCUGGCAUGCCUUUCUCCAGGUGCCUGUGUUCUGCUGAGGCUCACGUGAUUCCUGGUCGGUGCCACAUGGUGGGGCUGGGGGCCCACUGGAGGCCACCUGCCAAGGUGUGGGAUGGGGUGGUUCUGCCAGUUUGGGCUGUGAUUCUGGAAAAUUUUGGAUGGGUUUCAGAUCCUCCGGCCCUACCUCUAGAGACCUCCACUCCUAGAGCCAAUCUUAGGGUCUGGGAUUUCCCUACAGGAGCUCAGCCACCACUGUAACAUACAUGGAGACACAGACGGAGGCAGACACUGCCCCUCCCUUCUCCCCCAGGACGCUGCCCUGUAGAAUCCUCCUCUGCGUGGGAGUGGCUCUGUGUGAACCAGUCCGUCAUUGGCCCAUUCUUUUUUUGAUGCAACCAAUCGAUGGCCACGAAUCCUCCCACAAGUGGCUCCUGGUUGGAUUCUGAGUGGUCAGGGAUUUAUAAAGCGUGACUUUCAAGGAUGGUUUUUAGGGGGCUGUGAAAGUUGGAUCAUCCUCCAGGAUGGCUGCAUGGAGGCCCCCCGCCCCUGAGCUGGUGUGGCCAUUCCCCAAGUGCCACCGGCGGGUGCCAGUGCCACUUGGGCUGGGUGUGGGUUCUGUGUCUUUCCAGGAUCUAUGUCACUUCCCAUGAGGGGCCGGGGCUGGUGGCUGAGGGGGCAUGGACUGGAGUAUUCUCGGUUCUACUGGUUCUACACUGUGAGGUGGCAAUGGGAUUUGCUCUGAUGCCACCCAAUAAAAUGCCUGUUACUUAA